CUUUUUUUUACCAAAAUGAUCAGCGAAAAAAGCUCUACAAACUGUGAUGCAUCAAAACAUUUUCUGAGAUCUUCGUGUUUUUUGUGGUUGAAUACCCAUGGAAAUACCCAUAUAACAUGUUAUAUACAUUUAGAAUGUAAUCGAGGAUCAACAGAUAUUUGUCUUGAUUGGCGUGAAAUUUGUGAUGGAAAAGUCGAUUGUAUUGAAAACCCUGUCGAUGAAAUCGGUUGUUUCGAACUUGAAAUGAACGAAUGCGAAGAAAACGAGUUUCGCUGUCAUAAUGGACUAUGUAUACCAGAAGAAUUUAUGGGUGAAGGUCCAUAUUAUAUUGAUUGUUUAGAUGCAACUGAUGAAGACAGUCUUCGUCUUGAUUUUAAACCAGGCUUAUCUUGGCAUUAUGUAUGCUCAUCUCAACCUGGAUUUUGGUGCGAAGAAACAGACUAUGCAAAACGCCCUCGUUUUUAUGUAUGUGGUGAUGGAACACGUAGCGAUUUAGACAUAUUUUAUAAUCAUACUUACACUAUCACGAGUGGAGGAGCGUGUACGAAUUUAAGAGACAUAUAUACUAAGGAAUCUUUGAAUGCUUAUGUUGAAGAUUCUGCUUUAUCAUACGAAUGUUGGUUUUUUCUAGAAUGUAUUGCAGGUGACUCUUCGACAUUAGAUUGUUGGAAAUUAUGUAAUUCUUACGAUGAUUAUUCUUGCCAUAUUAAUCUUACUAACAUAUGUCAAAGAAAUUUUGUUGUUUUUCCUCAACGACCUAUUCUUCAAGGACAUGUAUUAUUCGUUUAUUUAACAAACAAAAUAAUCUUUUAUGAUUUAAAUGAACUUUUAAUAUUUCCUGAUUAUGUUUGUUAUGAUAUAAGAAGAUGUCCUUUUCUUCCAUCUCUUUCAAUUUUAAAUAUAAAUGGUACAACUUGUCGAACAACAAAAGAAUUAGGUCUUUAUCAAUUUAUUGAUGUUGUUAAUCUUUUUUACAGUUGUUUGAUUACCAUUGAAAACGAACUUAAAGUUAAUUACUCACAAUCAUCAUCAUUGUUUCAAUGCCCAGGUACAACAAAAUACAUUUCGAAACAUCGAGUUCUUGAUGGUGUUCAAGAUUGUUAUGAAGGUGCUGACGAACAUGAUAUCGAUACAUGUCAAUGGAAUCAUAAAUAUCGUUUUAAAUGUCCAUCUGAAAAUAAAUGUAUAUCAGACGUUCAGAUUAAAAAUUCUAUAAACGAUUGUCUUGAAGGUGAAGAUGAAAUUUUAAAUUAUACUAAAGAAAUAGUAUAUCAAAAAUUAUGCAAUGGAUUUGUACAUAUGUUACCCGUCCUUAUUAAUGGAAUUAAUGAAACAGAUGAAACAAAUUGUGAUUAUUGGCCAUGUAAUAAUUUAUAUACUCGAUGUGAUGGAGUGUGGAAUUGUUUAAACGGAGCUGAUGAAUUAAAUUGUGAGUUAAACAAUUGUCCUCAAGAUACUCAUGAAUGCAUCUCACCAAUAACACACAAAAUGAUGUGUCUACCUGUUCAUCAAGCUGGAGAUGGAAUUAUCGAUUGUCUUGGAUCUACAGAUGAAAGAGAAUUUUGUCGCUUAAGACAUCCAAACAAUCCUGGAAUAAGAUAUCGGUGUUGGAAUGAAAGUAUUUGCAUUCCAAAUGUUUAUUUUUGUAAUGAAGACUUAUGUUGGCACAAUAAAUUAUAUAAUUGUUCAAAAGAUCUUAAGAAUUUUAUCGGACAUCUAAGUAACGAUAGAAAACUUAUAUUUCCUGACUAUGAACAUUUCAUGUUUGAACGUCCACAAGUAAAUAUUUCAUCAUUGUAUAUAAAGGGAGAAUUUCUCUUGAAUUCAAUUCCGGCAAUGUCUGAUUUAGAACUACUUUCUAAACAAUCGAAUUCAUUAAUGAGGUCAACUACGAAUCAUGACAAUAGAAUUUGCAGCGAAAAAUUUCCUACUAAUCUAUUUCCUAUAUGUGGACGUGGUAUUCAAAUUUAUGCUGGAAUAUCGAAGACAAUACAUUGUCUUUGUCCUCCAAGUUAUUAUGGAGAUGAAUGUCAAUUUCAAAGUCAACGUGUUAGUUUAUUACUUCAAUUUUCUCUAAUUUGUGAAAGAAAUUGUUCAGGAGUAUUUGGUAUUAUUAUUACUUUAAUUGAUCAAGAUAAUGUUAUUCAUGAUUAUGAACAAAUAACUUAUAUAAGUGUACAUAAAUGUGAAAAUAAAUAUUUUAAUUAUCUUCUAUAUAAAUCAAGAUCAAAAGAUAUGACAAAAACUUAUCAUAUAAAAAUUGAUGCUUACAACAAAAUAACCAUGUCUUAUCAUGCUAGUUGGAUAUUACCAGUUAAAUUUAUUUUCCUUCCUGUAAAUAAAAUAUCUGCUCAUUUAUUGAUUCCUUUUUAUCCAGUUUCUUCCAUUAAUAAUUGUUCAAUAUUUUGUAAUCAUGGUCAAUAUUUAACAUAUGUUAAUAAUCAAACUCAAUGUUUUUGUCAUUGUGAUUCAGGUUGGACUGGUAUUAAUUGUACAAUACCAUAUAAAUGUGAUUGUUCAUCUGAUUCAAUAUGUCUUGAUCAUACGAAUAAUCAAUCAAUUUGUCUUUGUUCACUUAGAAAUUAUGGAAAACGUUGUCGACUUCUAUCAAUUUGUCAAAAAGAAACUUGUAAAAAUAAUGGUUUAUGUAUUCCUAAUGAUCAACGUGUUUCAAUAAAUUCUUAUCUAUGUUUAUGUCCAUUUGGAUUUACAGGUACAAAUUGUGAAGCAGUUGAAUCAACAAUAUAUAUAUCAUUUCAUCAAAUUGCAAUUCCACGUUCUCUUCUUGUUCAUUUUAUUACUUUACAAACAAGAGCUGAUCCAUUGAUAACAACAACAUCAACAAAAAUUCCAUAUGAUCAAGAUAUAAUAAUAAUUCGCACAUCGAUACCAUUUCAUAUAAUCAUUGUUCAAAUUUCUAAUCAAUAUUUUAUUCCAUAUGUUAAAGCUAAUUAUAAUUCUUCAUUAAUAACUAAAAUUGAAAUAAAUCCAGAAAAACGAUGUCCAUAUAUUAAUGAAUUAGUUUUCAAUAAAACAAUACUGUCCUAUCCAUUAUUGCGUCGUGUUAAAUAUUAUCAUUUACUUUGUAAAAAUCUAUCUCAAUUAAAAUGGUUUCAUGAUAAUGAAAAAUUUAUAUGUUUAUGUAAUGCAGAACAAUAUGCAAAUUGUUUUCCAUUUGAUUUUCAACCAAUAUAUACAUGUAAAGGACUUGAUGAUUGUCAAAAUGAUGGACAAUGUUUUUCAGAUCGUCCAUAUUGUCCACAUUCAAUAUAUUGUGUUUGUAAAGAUUGUUUUUAUGGAAGUAAAUGUCAAUUUACUACAGAAGGUUUUGGUUUAUCACUUGAUGCUAUUCUUGGUUAUCAAAUUCGACAAAAAUUAUCAAUUAAUCGUCAGCCAAUUAUUGUUAAAAUUAGUAUUGGUUUAACUACGAUUAUGUUCAUAAUUGGUCUUAUCAAUAGUUUUUUGUCAAUAAUAACAUUUCAAAGAAAACAAUUCAAUGAAACAGGAUGUAGAUAUUAUCUUUUAGUUACAUCAACUGUUUCAUUAUGUACAACAACUUUACUUUCAUUUAAAUAUUUAAUGUUAAUUCUUUCACAAAUAGCACUUAUACAAAAUGAAACAAUUCUACAAAUAUCAUGUAUUUUAAUUGAUUUUUUACUUCGAUUAUGUCAAAUAACUGUUGAUUGGCUUAAUUCAAGUGUUGCUUUUGCUAGAGUACUUACAGUAAUCAUGGGUACAAAUUUCGAUAAGAAUAAAAGUAAACGAGCAGCUCGAUGGGUUAUUAUUGGUAUAUUUUUAAUUAGUAUCCUUAGUAUUUUACAUGAUCCAAUAAAUCGUCGACUUAUUCAUGAUGAAGAAGAACAAAGACGAUGGUGUUUAGUUCAAUAUUCAUCUUUUCUUCAAACAUAUAAUUCAGUUAUAGAUAUAAUUCAUUUUAGUGUUCCAUUUUUGAUAAAUAUUUUCACAUCGAUAAUUAUUAUUGUUGUUACUGCUCGAAAAAGCUUUGAAGCUCGAGAACAAGAAAAUUAUAGUAUUUACUUAAGAAAACAACUUCUUACACAUAUGCAUUUAUUUAUUAGUUCAUUUAUUUUAAUUUUACUUGCUACACCUCGUUUAAUAAUUUCAUUCACAUCUGGGUGUAUGAAAUCAUCUCGAGAUCCAUCAUUGUAUCUUGCUGGUUACUUUAUAUCAUUUGUUCCACCAUCUCUUACAUUUAUUGUAUUUGUUUUACCUUCAACUGCAUACAGAAAAGAAUUUCUUGUGAUAAUUAGAAGCCUUCGAACAAAUAUUCUGCGAACAUUACAUAUAAAGUAA